AUGCAGCAUGCAGCCGAAUGUCCAAUACAUGAGCCUACUCAGCUGCGCCACUAUGCGCUGGAAGAAGGGCACAGCGGCGCCUUACAUCAGUCUCAAUGCACCAACAUAUCCCUCACCUCAUUCUUUCGCUUUCCCCUCAAUCGCACUACCUUGAGUUCUGUUGGCGCCAAUGUCUCUUUUCGUGAUUCAAUUGAGCUAGACUUCCACGUGUUAUCAUCCGCCAUGGUCACUUUUGGCAGGUCUCCGUCUCCCGUGAGCCUCCGCUCGCCUGGCCCGGCCUUCUCGGUCAGGUGUUCAACGGAGGGGAUGCGGGGAGGGUUUGAUAGUCAAGGGGACUCUUCACUAUCGGAUUCUCGGCUGGGUCUUCAAAAGAAGUCGGUUCUCUACGACAAGAGCAGACUAAGAUACGGCCGUCGCCUCCCGGUUGGCGCUAGUCAUCACGUCGAGUUCCCAAGGGAAUCUCCAUGCCUCGCAACUUUCCAAAGAUCACUCCAACAUGCCGAUGCAAAGAAUGGCAUUGAUGGGGAAAGGCAUCAACAAAUUCGGUCAUCUGCGUCUUCCCUCCCGUCGCGAUCCAAUCCGUCGACUGCUUCCCCGCCCCUUAGUGAUUCUCUCCCACAAUGCGGUCCUAGUCGAGAAGUCAAUACCACCGACCAAACAACAAUAUCCGUGAACAAAAUUGCGACGAAAGGUCCAACCGCAAAUCUAAGGCCGAACUUGGAGUCGCGAGGCCAGAGAAUCGCAUCGAGACGGAGAAAAAAGCACUCAGAGGACGCUCCACAGGAACCAUCAGCGGAACUACAUUCCACCCGAGGCGGAGCAAUCUCAGCGAGUCGGGGCAAUCUCCCGGGUAAUUUUCUAUCCAGACAAUCAUCACACAGGCAGCCUGCAUGGGAGUCCAUCAAUGAAGAACCAGAGUCUCGCCCUGCUUCGCAUGUUAAAAAAGUCAAUCUGAAGACGGAGAAUCUGGAAAGUCGGACAAGAUUUAUUGCCGAUUCCUCUUCCUCCUUAUCGGGUAACAGAAAGGUGUAUUAUCAGGCGAGUAAACCGAUCGUCUCUCGCUCCCGGCCGAUACAGACCCCACCAACGUCAGCAUCAUCUAGAAAGGCUACGAAAGAAGACGUGGAGAAACACCAAAUCCCCAGUGGAUACUCGCUCGAGCACUGGGAUCCUAAUGAGGAACCUAUUUUACUACUCGGCGGCGUGUUUGGCGGCAACUCUCUAGGCAAAUGGAUCUACGACUGGGCUGUUUCCCGCCACGGGUUAGGAAACCCCAUUUCGGAAAUGGCGCACGAUCUCUGGCAACUUUUGAUCCAACUCAUCAGCAAGAAGGAUUUCUCGGAAUCCUGCGUAUCAAGCAUCUCAGGAGACGAGAGAAAACUCAUCCAUGAGUUCAUUGAGGGAGGGGAACGAUUGCUGGAUAAACUCAACUCCCUGCUAAAGCGGUGCGAAGGACUCAUGCCGAAGCGCAGUAAGAGGAAAGGUACAACGCAACUAGGCAAGAAAGAGGGUGUGGAAUUUGUUGAGAUUCUAUUCGGCCGCAAACACCAGCUUCGUAGCACGAAGCGCUUCGUGCGCUCUAUGCGAUUGUGGAAUCUACGGUUCGACGCAAACUGCCACGAGAUUCUCACAGGGUCCACAAUUACGAAAGUUGACGGUCUCGGAACUACACAGCACCGCAGUCGAGAAUCACAAACUCAUGUGGAAUCCAAAGACAACGACUCUCUUGUCUCGUCUCUAGAAUCGCACCUUACCCAGGCUUGUUGGACAGAGGCCACCGAGAACGAGUACACUGAUGACAGUUCGUCAGAUUUCAUGUACAGUUCUUGUUCUUCGGAUGACGAAACUUUGGACAAUGAGCAUCCCCUUCGUCAAGAAGUUCCAAGCCUCGUCCAGAUUGCACUCGAAGAAUAUGGAAAGCAGCGAGGCAGCUCAGAACAACAAAGCUCAACCGGUUCCAACGGCUCAAAACAAUUGAGCGGCUCGAGCAAGUCUUUUUCUAAAUCGCAGAAGAGGAACAGGACAAGACAACAAGGUGCAGGGAUGAGCUCAGGAGAAGAAGAUAGCAGGAACACCAAGUACGGAAAGAAAUCCAGAUUGAGCGACGUGGACGACAAAUCGCUGCUACUCGCCUGCCCUUACUACAAGAAGGACAAGUUCAAACACAAGCUCUGUCUUCGAGACUUCAAGUUGAAAAGGAUCAAGGAUGUCAAGCAACAUUUGUGUCGUAAACAUAUUCAGCCACAUUUCUGUCCCUUGUGUGGUCAGGAGUUCGAAACAAAGGGAGAUGAGCGGAAUCACAUCAGGACGCAGUCGUGCUCCAGACAAGAAUAUCAAGAGCCAGAGGGUAUCACUGACGACCACAAAGACAAGUUUUCUUCGCGUGUGGACAGGAUGAUGACCUUGGAACACCAGUGGUUUACUGUGUGGGACAUUGUGUUCCCCGACACUCCUCGCCCUUCAUCAGCAUACGUACAAGACCCAGAAAUCGAGACCCUAUUGGGUUUCAGCGACUUCAUUGAGGAGCAUGGACGAGAAAUGGUCGCCAACCAUGUGCGGUCCCGGGAAAUACCCUAUGACAGGCACAAUGAGGAAAGGGACCUCGCGGCGCUCUUUACAACAGUUGUGAGGGAUGCAACGGCUAUGCUCGUCAACAAGCUACAGGGAAGCCCCAGCGACGCAAGCCAACUGGACGAGACUCCGCCAUCGCUGAUCACAGACGACGUUCCCACCCACCCAGCAGAGUCAAAUAGCUGCGAGCGAGGUCUCGAACAGACUCCGCAGGGGCUGACGCAAUAUCAUGGUCUCGAAUUCCCAGUACCGAACACUGGCCUGCUGCAAAAAGAUCCACACGCCGAUGAGGUUGCUUUACCAGACGAGUCUGGCCCAGAAUUCACUUGGGGCGUACCACCCAGCGAGGACUUGACAACAGCGGACUGGGUUUUGGACGUUCUCAAUAUGGCAAAUGAAUCUGCAAUAGAUACAAGCAACGGUCUGACUGAUGGAGGUAAUGGGGCUGAAGUUUCAGAAGGAACAUAUAAUAUGUUACACUCUCAUAGUCUAUAGAGUCCCAGGACAAGAGCGGGGCAAAGUGUUAUAGCGCUACAGUUUGCACAAGUGUGUGUUGUGUCUGCCGGUGUUUCCGGAGAGCAGUGGCAGGAACUGUUGGACUCUUCGCCUGCUCGGAUUCUCUCGUUGAAAUCUUCAACAGCAAAAGCUGUUGCCUUCCAGGUGCUGAUCAAAUCUGCUGUUUUCAACCAAGUCGAUUUGGCGGCGUUAAUAACA